GCUCGGUGUGUAAAUACAAUUUGUUUCUCUUAUUUAGUUAAUUUAUAAUUAUAUUUCGAAUCAAAAUGCAUUUAGUAGGAAAAAAGUUAUUCAAUCUUGCGUCUUGUAAUAUUCUGAAGUCAAUUUCAACAACCUCCAUUCGUGCGAGCAGCGACCAAAUUCCAAGGAAUGUAAUUGCCGAUCUAACUUCGGCUCAACAUCAGAAGGAAAAUGGUGUAAUUUACGAUAAAAAACCUUUCAGAAUAGAGCUUGAAGAAGGGAAACGGUACUCUUGGUGUCUAUGCGGCAGAUCGAAGUCGCAACCACUCUGCGAUGGCACCCAUAAAUUAGUGCAGUACAAAAUCACGCUGAGACCAGUGCGUUUCCAAGUGGAAAAGACCGGCACCUAUUGGUUAUGUAAUUGUAAGCAAACCAAGAAUCGCCCCUUCUGCGACGGAACGCAUAAAAGUGAAGAUGUUCAGAAGACGUCAGGAAAGUGAAUCUGAUUCGUUUUUUUUUGUGGUAGAAUAUUUUGCAGCAUCCAGUGAAACUAUGCUGUUAGUCAUAAACUGAUUUAAUAAAUUUUUGUGGGUUAUUGUUACACCUUUAAGGGGGCAUAGUACUUUUUACACCAUAUUUUUGCCUAAUUUCAAAUAUUUUAUUCUCGAUAACGCGAAAAGCGAAUCGAUUCGGGUUUUUUGCAUUUUAAACAUUGCAUUUUAUACUAAUACUAGCUGACCCGACAAACUUCGUAUUGCCACAAAUUAACCUGUGUUGUACAUAAAUCAUGAAUCAUCGAGAUAAGAGGAAAUUUGCAUUUCAUUUGUAUGGCAGCCCACCCUCUUAAAGGGGAGAUGGGCCAUAACUCGCUUUCUAAAGAAGAGAGGGGUCUCAAUUCACCAUAGAAAAAAAUCUUGCGUCCAAAACCACUUACAUGUCAAA